AUGGCUUCACCAGCGCCUUUACUGCGGCCGCCGAUUCCAGGCCAAGGCCGCCAGCAGUCUGCGAGCAGAGUGCCACGCUUGGGUUUGGCGAUACCUGCGUCUCCCAAUCAAAGGCCUGUGAACAGUACUGCAGCGCCGCCAAUGUCGGAAAACACUGGUGCCCUCCCACCGCUGGCGAUCCCAGCUCGACAGCAGCCGCCUAAACUCCAGCUGGCAACCCCGAUGGGCUCGUCACAAACCCCACAAGAGAAUGCACAAACUCGAAGAAGAGGACCGCCCCUACAAAUAGCUCCUGGACUGUCCGCGAGUGGAGGUAGCAGUGAUGAUUCUGCACAUAGCCGGACAGGCAGCUUUGGCGGGAGUACCACCAAUCCUACAUCGUCGGCAGCUUCGUCAUACUCGGCCCUCAACUUCAUGGAAAUGCUACGAGAUAACAAGGACCCACAAUCAGCGACAGGCUCGUUAUACAGCAGUAGCUCGGCACAUUCAGGUGUUGGGAUGGAGCGUGGGGACAGCAUGCAGGGUUUGCUGCCAGAUCUGGAGAAGUUGUCAUUGGAGAAGGGCCGGCCGCUGGAUGUGGAAGAUCUGGAUGAUGCUGGGUGGAAAGCGGCAAAGAAAGAAGGUCGUAUUCAAGAGUUGGGCAGCUUAGGUGAGGGUGCGGGAGGUGCAGUGACGCGAUGCAUAUUGAAAGGCGGCAAGACUGUUUUCGCAUUAAAGAUCAUCACGACCGACCCCAAUCCGGACGUGAAGAAACAAAUCGUUCGUGAGCUCUCGUUCAACAAAUCUUGCGCCUCGGCACAUAUCUGCCAAUACUACGGCGCCUUCAUGGACGACACGAGUGGGACUAUUGGUAUCAGCAUGGAGUUUUGCGAAGGUGGAUCGCUUGAUAGCGUAUACCGAGAAGUCAAAAAGCUUGGAGGCAGAACUGGCGAGAAGGUGCUGGGCAAGGUGGCCGAAGGCGUUCUCAACGGACUUACGUACCUUCACGGCCACCGCAUCAUACACCGAGACAUCAAACCUUCAAAUAUCCUGCUCACACGAAAAGGAGAGGUGAAGCUUUGCGACUUUGGUGUGAGUGGAGAGUUCGGUACGAAAGGGGAUGCGAACACAUUCAUCGGGACCAGUUAUUAUAUGGCUCCGGAGCGGAUUACUGGCCAGAGCUAUACCAUCACCAGUGACGUCUGGAGUUUGGGCGUGACGCUACUGGAAGUCGCGCAACAUCGAUUCCCAUUCCCGGCCGACGGGACGGAGAUGAACCCCAGAGCUGGCCUCAUCGAUCUUUUGACAUAUAUCGUUCGCCAGCCAAUUCCUAAACUAAAGGACGAGCCCGAGAACAGUUUAACAUGGAGCCCCAAUUUCAAGUACUUCAUUGAGUGCUGUCUUGAAAAGGAUUCCACAAGGAGAGCAACACCUUGGCAUAUCAUGAAGCAUCCUUGGAUGGUCGAAAUGAAGACGAAACGGGUAGACAUGACACAGUUCUUGAAGACGGUCUGGGAUUGGCCGGAGAAGACUGACGAGUAG